GCGGAGCAGAGCCCAGUCCAGCCCUGCUCCAGACACCGAUGGCACCAUGAGCUCCAGCCACAGCUUCAGCCAGAGCCACUCGACCUCCCACCAUGGCAGCUGGGGUCAACCCAGGAGCUUCCCCAGACCCCCCAGCGUCCACGGAGGAGCAGGGGGCCUCCGCAUCUCUCUGUCCUUCACCAGGCCAAGCUGCUGGCCCUCUGGGGGGUCUUGGGGGUCUGACAGAGGCAGGCCCCUUCUAGGCGGAAAUGGAAAGGCCACCAUGCAGAACCUCAACGACCGACUGGCCGUCUACCUGGAGAAGGUGCGCGCCCUGGAGGAGGCCAACAUGAAGCUGGAAAGUCGCAUCCUCCAGUGGCAUCAGGAGAGAAAUCCCAGCAGCAAGAAAGAUUAUUCUCAAUAUGAGGAAAAUAUCAGCCACCUGCAAGAGCAGAUAGUGGACAGCAAGAUGACCAAUGCUCAGAUCGUGGUUCUUAUAGACAAUGCUAGGAUGGCAGUGGAUGACUUCAACCUCAAGUAUGAAAAUGAACAUUCCUUUAAGAAAGACUUGGAAAUUGAAGUGGAGAGCCUCCGAAAGACCUUGGAUGAUCUGACCAUCAUCACAACAGACCUGGAACAGGAGGUGGAGGGAAUGCGGAAAGAGCUCAUCCUCAUGAAGAAGCACCAUGAGCAGGAAAUGAAGGAGCAUCAUGUGCCCGGUGACUUCAAGGUCAAUGUGAAGGUGGACGCAACUCCAGGGGAAGAUCUCAUCAAGGUCUUGGAGGAUAUGAGGAAGGAAUAUGAGUCCAUCAUAAAGAAGAAACAUCGAGACCUGGACACUUGGUUUAAAGAGCAGUCAGCAACUGUGUCCCAGGAGGCGGCCAGCCCAGCGGCCGUGCAGGACAGCCAAAGUGACGUCCACGAGCUGAAGCGCACAUUCCAGGCCCUGGAGAUUGACCUGCAGGCGCAGCACAGCAGGAAAUCCGUUCUGGAAAAUGUGUUGUCAGAAACCAAGUCCAGGUACUCAGGCCAGCUCAGGGACAUGCAGCACAUCAUUGCCCGCUACGAGGAGGAGCUCACACGGCUACGGCGCGACCUGGAACGGCAGAACAAGGAAUACAGGGUGCUCCUGGGCAUCAAAGCCCACCUGGAGAAGGAAAUCGCCACCUACCGCCAGCUCCUGGAGGGAGACAGCGAAGGGACCGGGGAAGAAUCUAAGUCGAGUAUGAAAGCACCUGAAGCUGCCAAGAUCAAGACUAUCACCCAGGAGAGCGUCAAUGGAAGAAUAGUUCUGUCUCAAGUGAAUGAGAUUCAAAAGCAUGCAGGAAGCCAGUGAAAGUCUCCAUCUGUUGUAAAAACUAUUUCCCCCAAUGGAAAGCCCUUUCCUAGACACUAAUGGGUGAGUCCUAAAGGUACCUUGGAAUUAUCAAAUUCUAAAACUUUUUUUUUCUCCUGUGUAAUGAUCUC